UUGGAGGAAUGUUUGUUUUUUCUAAGGCUGGUUGGUGUUAGGAGUGUGGCCCCGCCCAUAAGAAUCGUCACAUGACCCAUCAACUUUCACCCAGGACGUCUAACACUGACAUUCCCUUAGCAACUGGGAGGGCGGCGGCGCGUGGUUUCUGUAGCAACAGUCCUCAGUGUCUGUUACGAGAAGUCAGAAAGGCCUGGCAGGGACAGACAGCAUCCCGACUUCACUUGAAUUUUCUCCCUGAGGACCCAGCUCGACUCUUCUCACCUGUAAAGCGAACACGUAGACCGUCUGUACACUUUACAACUGUACCCACACAGUGCGGACUCGGCCUGGGCUCCGUUGCAGGUUUUCGGAUGAUUAAGACAUACCCAAGGAGCAGGAUUUAAACAGAUUUUUACGGGAUCCCACCCCCUUCCACCUUCCUGGUCUGAUCCUUUUCGUUGAAAGAAAGACAAUGAGCCGGCAGUGCAACUGGAUGGAGCCACGGGUGAUGGAUGACAACAUGUUGAAGCAGGCCGUGGGCGAGCAGGGCCCACGUGAGGAGGCUGGACAGCUGGCCAAGCAGGAGGGCAUCCUCUUCAAAGAUGUCCUCUCCCUGCGAUUAGACUUUCAGAACAUCCUCUGUAUUGACAACUUGUGGCAGUUUGAGAGCUUAAGGAAGCUGCAGCUGGAUAAUAACUUCAUUGAGAAGAUCCAAGGCCUGGAGAACCUCGUGAACCUUGUCUGGCUGGAUCUGUCCUUCAACAACAUUGAGGCCAUUGAGGGGCUGGACACACUGGUGAACCUGGAGGACCUGAGCUUGUUCAACAACCGCAUCAUCAAAAUCGAUUCUCUAGAUGCUCUCACCAAGCUUCAGGUGCUGUCAUUGGGCAACAAUCAGAUCGACAACAUAAUGAACCUCAUCUACCUUCGGCGGUUCAAGAACCUGCGCACACUUAGCCUGUCUGGAAACCCCAUUACGCAGAUGGAGGACUACAAGCUGUUCACCUGUGCCUACCUGCCAGACCUCGUGUACCUGGACUUCCGACGCAUCGAUGAUCACACGAAAGAACUGGCAGAGGUCAAGCACCAGUACAGCAUCGAUGAGCUGAAGCACCGAGAGAACCUGAUGCAGGCACAGCUAGAAAAUGAGCAGGUCCAGCGGGAAGAGCUGGAGCAGCACAAGGCCGCAUUUGUUGAGCACAUGAAUGGCUCCUUCCUGUUUGACAGCAUGUAUGAGGAGGAUGCAGAGGGCAGCAAGUUGGCAUAUCUGCCUGGUGUCAAUGAGCUCCUGGAGGCCUACAAGGACAAGUUUGUCAUCAUCUGCCUGAACAUCUUUGAGUACGGCCUAAAACAGCAGGAGAAGAGGAAACUAGAGCUCGACACUUUCAAUGAGUGCAUCUCUGAGGCCAUUCAGGAGAACCAGGAGGAGGGCAAACUCCGGAUUGCCAGAUUCGAGGAGAAGCACUUACUGAAUCUGAGCACCAUCCACAAUGACUCUGAAACCACCGAUUCGAAGGUCAUGGAGUACAGUGAGGACAUCUCAGAGCUGUUCAAUGUGCUCAUGACGCUGGAGAUGCAGCUGGUAGAGCAGCUGGAGGAGACAAUAAACAUGUUUGAGAGGAACAUUGUCGACUUGGUGGGUCUCUUCAUCGAGAAUGUCCAAAGCCUGAUGGCCCAAUGCCGGGAUCUGGAAAAUCACCACCAUGAGAAGCUUCUGGAAAUCUCCAUCAACACACUGGAAAAGAUUGUCAAGGGUGACCUGGAUGACGAGCUCCCAGAUGACGUGCGCUCGCUCUUUGUUGACAAAGACACAAUUGUCAAUGCAGUCGGGGCAUCACAUGACAUCCACCUCUUGAAGAUUGACAACCGAGAAGACGAGCUGGUGACCAGAAUCAAUUCCUGGUGCUCACACCUAGUGGACAAGAUUCACAAGGAUGAGAUCAUGAGGAACCGCAAGCGUGUGAAGGAGAUCAACCAGUACAUCGACCAUAUGCAGAAUGAACUGGACAACCUGGAAUGCGGGGACAUCAUAGACUAGGGUGUCUGCUAGGCCAUGUCACAAAUGGGAGGGGCAGUGCAGGCACACUCUUAACUGACUGCCUUGGAAAAGACUGGUGCUGGCGGUUCUCAGCUCAUAGCCCCCACACUCAGUUCCAUCCCCUCCAAAACCAGGGAAAACUCUAAAGGCAGAGAAAAAUAAAAGGAUUAUAUCAGUAUU